CAAAUGGGCAGCGUAGCCUUGUCAACUCUGCUUGGGUUAUAAUGACUGUAAUUGUUAUAGGCCAUUCCACUCCUUAAGAAAAACAUGGACAUGUCAUUGAUGACUUUGCUUUCUGUAGGUCUGUUGGUCUCACAAGUUCUCUCAUGUCCAAGUUCAGAGGGUGAAGUGAGGCCUACUCUGACGGUGGAGCCGUUUGACGGGCAGGUGUACGCUCAGGACACUGUCACCCUGACGUGUCAGUUACCUGGCCACCCAGGCUGGACUUUGUUCUGGUACAAAGACAGGCAGGAGACAACACCUGUUCAGGUACGAGACUGUGCUGGAGGGGAAAGCAGUGCGGUCUACAGACUGUGGAGGAGCUCUCUCUCACACACAGGCCAGUACUGGUGCCGAGCAGGAAAGGGAAAGCCUGUCCACUUCACUGAGUACAGUGAGCCAGUCUACGUGAGUGUCAUCGAACUCUUCACCUCCGUGACUCUCGUGGCGUCUCCGUCCCGCGUGGUCAAAGAGGGCGGGGCACUGAACCUCACCUGCCAGGCCGUAGUUAACGACCCGUACCACGGUCACAACGACUGGCUGCCCAUGGUUGUCAAGUUUUCCUUCCUGCAGAAUGGUCGGCCUGUUGGCCAGGAGUCCGACAUGAUGAUGUACUCCAUCGCGAGGACCCAAACCAGCCAUGCAGGCAGCUACAGCUGUGUGGCCAGAGUAGGCAAGGUCAGGGAGAGGAGCCCAGACACACUCAUCAGCCUGGACAACCUUACGCUCCAUCUGGUCAUCUGCUUCGGGAGCGUUCUCCUCGUCUCUGUGGCCCCGUUGGCGUUUCUCCUCAGGCGUUAUGGACCCAGACGUAAGUGGCAGUGUGGAGGCUCCGACGCUGGAGACAGGAGGAAGAGAUGCGGCGCGGAGAGUCGAGUGCAACGCAGCAGCCAGGAGAGGGGGUGA